AAUUUUAUAAAACAGAUGUCGCUGUAAAACAUGAAUCUCUGUUUGGUGCUUGCUUGUGUGUCAUUUCUGAUGGUCUCGGUAUGACGGUAUGACUUAUCGUCGAUAACAACAAUCGUAUUUGUUAUACUUGCAGUGAUUCAGUUUUCGUUGUUGCUGAUAACUUUGAACCAGAAAAGAUGGAUCUCGAAAAAAUGUCAAAUGAGAAGAAGCUGUACCUCUGCAAGUGCUAUUUUUACGGUGGAUUUGCUCUUUUGCCUUUUCUGUGGGCAGUCAACGCCAUUUGGUUUGCCAAGCAAGCUUUCUCUGUGCCAGAAUUCGAAGAACAAAAACAAAUUAAAAAAUAUGUGAUAUCAUCGGGAAUCGGAGCUUUGCUGUCGUUUGCAGCAUACUUUGCAUGGAUCAUAAUAUUUCAAACACACAGAGUAGCCUGGGGUGAAUAUGCAGACUCCAUUACCUACAUCUUCCCCCAUGGCUAUGCAUAAUUUUUGUACAAACUAUCAAACACAACUAUAAUUAAGACUGUAAAGUGCGAAA